AUGAGGCUGCUGAUCACCUUUACGGCUGUGUUGGCCGUUGCUUCUGCACAGAAUGCCACCAAUCGAUUCCCAGAUGACUUCAUGUUCGGAGCUGCAACAGCAGCGUAUCAGGUCGAAGGAGCCUGGAAUGAAGAUGGCAAGGGAGAGAGCAUUCAGGACUACAUGUUCCACAACCAUCCGGAACUCAUCAUUGGAGGUGACACCGGUGACGUCGCCUGCGAUUCUUACCAUCAGUACCUGCAAGAUGUCCAGAUGCUGAAGACGCUCAACGCGGACGUGUAUCGAUUUUCCAUCGCCUGGUCACGAGUGUUGCCUAACGGAGACCUCGACGUCAUCAACCAGGCUGGUAUCGACUACUACAACAACCUCAUCGACGAACUGCUCGCCAACGGUAUUCAGCCUCUGGUGACGAUGUACCACUGGGACCUGCCUCAAGCACUGCAGUACAUCGGAGGCUGGCCCAACGAAUUGCUGGUCGACUACUUCGUUGAAUACGCCAGGAUACUGUUCCAAAACUUCGGAGAUAGGGUGAAAUGGUGGCUCACCUUCAACGAGCCACAUCAAUUCACGAUGGGUUACUCGACGUUGUGGGUCGCACCUUCUCAACCAGCUCCGGGCAUCGGCGACUACCUGGCGACACACACCGUCAUCAAAGCUCACGCCCGGGUCUGGCACCUGUACGAUGAGGAGUUCAGAGCCACUCAGAACGGAAGUGUGGGAAUUACACUUAAUAUGGACUGGCCUGAACCAGAGACUAACUCGACAGAGGAUGCAGAAGCAGCGGAAAGAGCAAGACAGUUUGUGAUGGGUAUAUUCGCACACCCUAUCUUCAGUCAGGAUGGGGAUUAUCCGGCUGUGGUGCGACAGCAAGUGGAUGCCAAUAGUGAGGCUGAGGGACGGCCCCGUUCAAGGCUACCAACCUUCACACAGGAAGAGAUCGAGUACAUUAGGGGUUCGGCAGACUUCUUUGGGAUGAAUCACUACAACACGACUUUCGUGACGCCAGGUCUCACAGGCGAAUCACCCUCCAAAACGCGGGACACCGCUGUAAUUACAUCGGAUCCUGUGGAAUACCUCGGAGCUUUGCUAGAGGCUAUAUACACUGACGGUGUUCCGGUUAUCGGAUACACUGCGUGGAGUCUCAUAGACACUCUCGAAUGGGGCUAUGGAUUCACGGUUACGUACGGGCUGUGCGAGGUGGACAGAAGCAGUCCAAACAUGACGAGGACACCCAAGGAGUCGGCUGCCUUCAUGUCAGAAGUGUUCCGCACCAAGGAGCUGCCCAGCCAGUACAACCUGUAG